AUGGAGAACACGCACAAAGUAGAGACGGGAAGGGACUGUACGAAUUCACAAGCCGAACCUGGGAGCCUCCUCACCUCGACGAGGAACACUUCCAUGGAUCCCGACACGCCGCUGGCGAACUUCACAGACAUCGCGGUCUACACCCGCUCGGGAUUGGUGGAGCAGAGCGUGCCCGCCACUUUUUCAAUCAGCGAUACAUAUGCGCUGGCUCGGGCACUCGGUUUUGAGGACGAUGACUUGGACGGCCUGGAGAUUGCCGGUGAUCUUAGCUGGCAGCCGCCACCGAACCUGGACCAGGUGACGCACUAUGUCACGUAUCUGUCAAACAGCUCCGACGGCACAUGGCGAUCGCAAGUGGGCACCUCGGACAUCCCAGUGGGCACGAACCAGCAGAUCCUGCUGCAGGACGGGUGCUAG